CGGUUUUGUCACACACCCCUUUCUCCUUUUCUCCUCUUCCCUACUGAGUUUCUGCAUUAUCACAGGGCUGUUGGAAAGCUCUUAAACAAGUGCAAGUUGUGGAGACGGCAGCAGGUCCCAUCUGUGGAUUCAGUCCAAGGAGAAUACCCAUUAUUAGGCUUCAUGGAGCCUUUUCCUUUUGUCUUGCCAAUAACGGAUAUCUGAGUUCCCAAAACUGGCAGAAGGUUUGCUGCUAAUCUGAGAUUCUUGUUGUCAUCAUUGCUUUGCAUUUGCUGAACCCAAGACCACUCUCUACUUUAAAUGAUUGACUUUUAAAUUAAGCGUCAACAGACAUGACACCUGUUUGCCAUCCUGGUGAAUGACUUCAAUGAAGACUAAUACCUCUUUGGAAGAUUCAAAUUAACAACAUUCUCCCUUGCCUCCAUUAAGCAAUUGAUUUUUGCCCCCUUUAAACUCUGUGGAUCUUUCUGCAUGUAAGUCAGUGAAGUUUCCUCAGCCUCUAGCCUAUCAGUGAACCGGCUCCCUACUAGAUCCCUUGUAGCCCCUGAGUGGAGCUCUCCGUUACACAACACUGAGCCUCUCAGCCCCCGCUGGACCGUUCCUCCACCCUGCCUAAUCCAGGAUGAGUGACUCACCGGAUGCCACCUCCCCUGGCGCUGCGCUCACCGGCGUCCCCUCCGCCGUCGUGUCCAAAGUAGAGCUGCGGGUCUCCUGCAAAGCCCUGCUCGACCGGGACACCCUCAACAAAUCUGAUCCUUGUGUCAUCAUCAUGGUUCAGAACCAGGGGCAGUGGACAGAGUUCGACCGCACAGAGGUGAUCAAGAGCAACCUGCACCCAGUCUUUGCCAAGGUGUUCUCGCUGGACUAUUACUUUGAGGAGGUGCAGAAGCUGCGCUUUGAGGUGUAUGACAUCCACGGAACCCACAGCAUCGGCACCCGUGAUGAUGACUUCCUCGGAGGAGUAGAGUGCACACUAGGCCAGAUCGUGGCUCAGAAGAAGAUGAUGAAGCCUUUGUUACUGAAGUAUGGGAAAUAUGCUGGAAAAUCCACAAUCACUGUUCAUGCCGAGGAAAUCUCCGGCAACAACGGCUACGUGGAGCUCUCGUUCUGCGCCAAGAAGCUGGAUGAUAAAGAUCUUUUCAGUAAGUCAGAUCCAUUUUUGGAGAUCUACCGGAUCAACGAUGACGGAACUGAACAGCUGGUCCACAGAACCGAGGUGAUCAAGAACAACCUGAACCCGGUGUGGGAGCCCUUCAAAGUGUCCCUCAUCUCGCUGUGCAGCUGCGACGAGGACAGGAAGCUGAAGUGCCUAGUGUGGGAUUAUGACUCCCGGGGGAAGCACGACUUCAUCGGGGAGUUCUACACCUCCUUCAAAGAGAUGCAGAAAAUCGGUGGAGGAAACAAGGUCACAUGGGACUGCAUCAAUCCCAAGUACAAGCUGAAGAAGAAGAACUACAAGAACUCUGGCUUGGUCAUCCUCAGUGACUUGAAGCUUCACAGAGUCUACACAUUCCUUGACUACAUCAUGGGAGGAUGCCAAAUUCACUUUACAGUUGCUGUGGAUUUUACUGCGUCUAAUGGCGACCCACGCAACAGUUGCUCCCUUCACUACAUCAACCCAUACCAGCCAAACGAGUACCUGAAGGCUCUGAUCGCUGUCGGCGAGAUCUGCCAGGACUAUGACAGCGACAAAAGAUUUUCUGCUCUGGGAUUUGGUGCAAGAAUUCCACCCAAUUAUGAGGUAUCACAUGACUUUGCAAUCAAUUUCAACCCAGAAGAUGAUGAAUGUGAAGAGAUCCAAGGCGUGGUGGAAGCCUACCAGAACUGCCUACCCAAAAUCCAGCUUUAUGGGCCAACCAAUGUGGCACCCAUCAUCAACAGAAUAGCCAAGCUGGCAGCAGGGGACGAGACCAAAGACGCCUCAAGAUAUCACAUCUUGCUGAUCCUUACCGACGGAGUGGUGACAGAUAUGGCCGACACACGUGAGGCUAUCGUCCGCGCAUCCUAUCAGCCACUGUCCAUCAUCAUCGUCGGUGUGGGCAACGCCGACUUCACCGACAUGCAGAUCCUGGAUGGGGAUGACGGGAUUCUGCGCUCCCCCAAGGGCGAGCCCGUCCUCAGGGACAUUGUGCAGUUUGUCCCCUUCAGAGACUUCAAAACGGCGUCUCCCGCUGCCCUGGCCAAGUGUGUCCUGGCAGAGGUGCCCAAGCAGGUGGUGGAGUACUACAGCAACAAGGCCAUCGCCCCCAUGUGCCUCAUCAGGAGCACCCCCAACUCCAUCGCCACCACCCCAGAAUAACACACACAUCUUCAGACGCCAUGGGGUGACCGAGGGGUGAGACAGAGGACGAAUGCUCAAGUAGGGAAGAGAAAGCCAACUACUCUCCUUUUGCUUUUUUGAGCUUUUUUUCAUACAGCAUACACACACACACACACAUGCACACACAUGCACACACACACACACACACACACACGCACACAUGCACGCACGCGCGCACACACACACACACACACACACACACACACACACAUUCUCACUCACACACAUUCUCACUCACAUACACUCUAAACUCUAAGGUCAGAGGGGUCUUUGUUAAAGCGGAUCAUGUUGGUGUUCUGAUCGGUGCAGGAGCUUCUUGUUUUUGUUGGCUGUCAUAUUUAAAGGUCGUCCCGUGGCUGCCCUCCCACCACACUUUGCCUCCUCCUCAUCAGACUUAACACCCCCCCCACUUUCCUCCCCCUCUGGUGUCCACAGGCUCAGCUGUGUUGUGACAGCAAUUGUACAGUGGCUGUUUUUUUCUAUGACCUUUCUGGACUCUGUGGACUUUACGCUGUAGCUCAUUCUUUUCACUCCCGCCUCCGUUCUCUCCUCUGCUCUGUUCUCACUUCCUGUUGAGGCCUAAUGCUGUGGAGAUUCUCACUCAAUAUCCUCAGUGAACGUUUCAGUUAAUGGCUAAAUGUAUGACUAAACAGAAAGCGUCUGAGGAACUAUUUUAACAAUGGCCGCAUGUUGAUUAAGUCCUGCAAGAUCCGACUUGUUUUUUGUUCUGUAACAAGAUAGCCCCGUAAUACAGUGUACAUUUUCAAGACAAGCUUAUUUUACUUCUUAUGUUUUUUUUCCUUGUUGUUUCCUUGUUUAUAAUUGACAAACAUCUGUAGUGCUUUAUGGUAGUACAAAUGUGCCUGAUUGUAAACCUCUGUUCUUUACUUUCAAGCCUCCAUAGGUACCAAGGAGUUCACACUGUCCUUUUUUAUUCAGACAGACUUUUUGAAUUCCAAGGAAAGUCUUUUCAAAGGAUGAAAGCACUAGGAUUUCUAUAUGAAAGCUGUAGUGGUUCUAUUGCACGGUAGAGUCUCUGUAUGUAUCUGUCUGACAAAGAGAAUGCAACAGUUGUACCAUUGUAAGGACAUGUCCUAUGUCCUCUCUGGCUAAUUCAUUGAUCAGCGGUUCCUGUUUGAAACAGGAACAGAGUGGUACCAGUAUAUGUUGUACUGUAUGGUGAAACAUUUUAUCAAUACAAGAAAUACAAAUUU